AACCUGCCUGAUCGUCCAUAAUGGCUGCAGAUCUCUACGACGCGCUUUAGCUCGUAUGCAGCGAUUUGUUUGCCUGCUGAAAAACACGCGUUGUUGUGUUUAUUCGGUGCAUUCUGCGGCUGAAACAAAUGAUUUUUGCGAACAAAGGCUCUUGCUGCUUUUUUUCUGGGGUGAGGUGAGUUCAUUUUAGUGCAGCGAAGAGAAGCGGGCGGCUCACGCUCGGUCGUGUGCCACUUUGGCCUCUAGAUGGCGUCAGAAGACCGUGGAAGAGCAUCGAGGAGUGGUGCGGAUUAGCGGGGGUUGCAGCAUUGCAAUCCUUAACAAGCCUCACCUCACGCAUUAUCGUUCUGUCACGAAGACACAAUGAGAUGGCAUUCAAAAGCAAAGCGGUCGACUCGAAGAACGUAUUCCUCAAUCUGCUGCUCUGCCUGCUCGCCUUCUACUCUCUGUUUUACAUGAUCGGCAGUGUUUGUUUCGGUGCCUUCAGGUUGGAUUAUUUUGACGGACGUAUCCCUUUCGACUUCAAAACCAAGCCGCAGGAUUCCAUCUCUAAAUACUUGGUCAACCUGCUGUCCUUGGAGCUCACUUACUUCUGCAGUGGCUUGGUGUUUGCCGCUGUGGUGAAGAGGAGAGUGUGGGACUAUGCUCUCACUGUCACCUGUCUUCACAUCGUCAUCACCAGCCUUGUAAUGCUGGAGUUUCCCGUGGCAUGGCAGUGGUGGGUGGCCUUAGGUGGCGGCUUGUUUCUGAUGAUCUGCAAUGGUCAGCUGAUUGCUUACUUUGCCUGUCAAGAUGACUAAAGCUAUGUUAUGUUACGUUCAACGUUACGUGUGGAAUAUCAGAAAGGUUCGCUUUGGUCAGUGGCGUUACUAACACGAUGGGAUCUCAUCGUUUCGACAGUACUGUGCAGAUGUCAUUGACUAACAACAGAUUGGUUGUUUCAGCAGUCCUGGCGACCAGUUCAGUGUAUGUUACCCCGCCUCUCUCCGAUAGGCUGCAGCUCACUUGUGAUCUGAAUGAAGGCAAACACUAUUUUCAGUGAAAUAGUGUAUAUAAUUAGCUUCAUUUUUGGAAUGCACAAGCUAAUUUAUUGUUCAUGACAAACAUAUGGAUGGUGUUCGUAUGGUUGUGAGGGGUGGACCGUCUCUCUCUUGCCAUCCACAAGGAGAUGUUUCUGUAUUUUAAUUUAAUUGUGAUGCACAUUGUACAGCAUGGGUACCCAAACUUUUUCCUGUGAGGGCCACAUAACUUUUCCCUUCUCUGAUGGGGGGCCGGUGUCAAUUUUUAA